AUGGCCUAUCCGGAGACCUUUGACGAGAAGAAGUACAAGAAGAAGGUGCAGAAACAGGGAGCAGGACGCGAGAUCGUGUACCGCCACGCCAGUGAUGAUCUCAAGCGUGGCUUAGAUGCUGCCAGGAAGAAAGAGUGGGACAACUGGAAGGGCUACACGAACAUGAAGAAGAUCACAGCCGACCAGUUUCGUGAGAUGAAACGCAAUGACCCGAAUCUUCGGGUUAUUCCCACUAGAUGGGUCGACGUCGACAAGGCCGAGAAGGACGCACCCGAGCGAAAACUCAAGAGCCGGCUUGUUGACCAAGCACCCUACGACAUGGACCCCGACGACCUGAUCGAGGACUUCUUCUUAUUCACGUGGAUGAUCUCCUUUGGUGUGGGAACCAGGUGGCUGGUGCAAGUUGAGCGAGGCAUUCAUGUGAGUCAACGCGAAGCGAAGGCCACGCCCGCAGAACAAGGGCAACUGAGAUCCGUGAUUGGAUCUCUCAACUGGCUGGUCCGCGGUGGGUCAAGACUUAUAGUGGAGGCGAACAACCUGGUGCGCUACGUCAGCCGGACAAAGGACCAAGGUUUGUUCUACCCCGCCGAGGCCAUGGACCUCGAUAAGGUGAUGCUUUUGGCGGUGCAAGACGCCUCUUAUGCCGCGGACUACGACCAGAGCGCCAGUGGAGACAGAAUGGGCUACCGCAGCCAAAGCGGACGUGUGCUGAUGCUUGCCCCGGACGACUGCGAGAAGAACAUGAAAGGGGUGGUUUAUCCCAUCUCGUGGCACAGCACAGUCAUACGUCGUGUCUGCAAGUCGACUUUACAAGCAGAAACUUUGUCGAUGCAGAUGGGGGCUUUGGAAGCAGACCAUGCCCAGGACCGUAUGAAGGUAGCCUGGUUCACCGACUGCUUCAGCUUGUGGUCGCACCUGCACAACCCGACCACCGGCAGUGUCGGAGACAAGAGGCUGGCGAUCGAUUUGUGCGCCAUGCGGCAAGAGCUAUGGAGGGCACAAGGCGAAGAGAUCGGCGACCCAUUGGGCAAUGAUCGCCCACCAGAUGGUGCCACGACGGUGAUCUACUGGACCAGCACAGACCGCAUGUUAGCUGACGGCCUCACGAA